CGCCCCCAGCACGGCCUGGGUCCUGCGGGCAGCGGGGUCGGGUCCGCGCGGGCCGCGAUGGAGCUGCACAUCCUAGAGCACCGGGUGCGGGUGCUGAGCCUCGCCCGCCCCGGUCUCUGGCUCUACACCCACCCGCUCAUCAAGCUGCUCUUCCUGCCCCGCCGAAGCCGGUGCAAGUUCUUCAGCCUGACGGAGACCCCCGAGGAUUACACGCUCAUGGUGGACGAGGAGGGCUUCAAAGAGCUGCCCCCAUCCGAGUUCCUGCAAGUGGCCGAGGCCACCUGGCUGGUGCUGAACGUGCCGUCCCCCAGUGGCGCGGCCGUGCAGGCUGCCGGGGUCACCAAGAUCGCCCGGUCGGUAAUCGCGCCGCUGGCCGAGCACCACGUGUCGGUGCUGAUGCUGUCCACCUACCAGACAGACUUCAUCCUGGUGAGUUUCCCACCGGUGAGAGAGGUGGGCGGGGAGCCUGUACCGGUUGCCAGGGACGAUUCCAGCAACGGCUUUCCCCGUGCUCAGCAUGGGCCCAGCCCCACGGUGCACCCCAUCCAGAGCCCACAGAACCGAUUCUGCGUCCUCACGCUGGACCCCGAGACUCUGCCAGCCAUCGCCACCACCCUCAUCGACGUCCUCUUCUAUACACAUAGCCCCCCUAGGGAGGCAGCCUCUGGUGGCCCCGGAUCCAGUUCCAUCACCUUCUUUGCCUUCUCCCUCAUCGAAGGCUACAUCUCCAUCGUCAUGGAUGCUGAGACGCAGAAAAAGUUCCCCAGUGACCUGCUGCUGACCAGCUCCUCGGGUGAGCUGUGGAGGAUGGUGCGCAUUGGCGGACAGCCCCUGGGCUUCGAUGAGUGUGGGAUCGUGGCCCAGAUCGCCAGCCCCCUAGCUGCGGCCGACAUCUCCGCCUACUACAUCAGCACCUUCAACUUUGACCAUGCCUUGGUGCCCGAGGACGGCAUCAGCAGCGUCAUCGAGGUCCUCCAGCGCCGGCAGGAUGGCCUGGGCUCAUGAGGCUCCAGGGCUGGGGGGCAACAGCAGCCUCCAGGGUCUCCCCUUGCCCUCUGGCUUCCAAAGACUUCUCAAAGCUGUGUGCUCCAGCUCUGGGACGUUCCCGCCGGGAGGCCCCCUCCUUCCGCUCUGUGUAUGUAAGCUGCGAGCAGACGCCGGCUCUCAACGUGGCUGCCGCGUGUCUGCCCAACACAGGGGAUGUGGUGCUCGGGGAUUCCUCCAGGAAGCCCUCAACCCAUCACUGCCUGUGGGGCCUCGGGGUUUGCACAUUCCCUGCCUGAGGCCUGAGCCUCCACCCUCUCAGCGCCGCCCCGGCUGGGUUGCCUGACCCAGCAAAGGAGUUCUGACCGUGCCUUCCCUUCCUGGGGCCUCCAAGAAAAGUAUUUUUACACCUCUCUCUCUCUCUCUCUCUCUCUUUCCUUUUUAAGUCAACUUGUUAAUAAAGAGCUUCUAGCGAGCA